GCUUGGCCGGUUAGAGGCCGCUUUUAUCUUAGAGAGGCGGGCGGAUCUUCUGGGGCCAUGAGGAAGCUAGCCGCGGGCUUCAUUCUCUCGGUCCUGAAGGUGCUACUCCUGCCUCUGACGCCUGCCCCGGCCCAGGAUUCGACUUCGGCCUCCACUCCAGGCAGCCCUCUCUCUCCCACCGAGUACGAACGCUUCUUCGCACUGCUGACCCCAACCUGGAAGGCCGAGACUACCUGCCGCCUCCGGGCAACCCACGGCUGCAGGAACCCCACCCUCGUCCAGCUGGAUCAAUAUGAAAACCAUGGCUUGGUGCCCGACGGUGCUGUCUGCUCCGACCUUCCUUAUGCCUCCUGGUUUGAGUCCUUCUGCCAGUUUACUCAGUAUCGUUGCUCCAACCACGUCUACUAUGCCAAGAGGGUCCGGUGCUCCCAGCCAGUCUCUAUUCUCUCACCUAACACUCUCAAGGAGGUGGAAGCUCUUGCCGAAGUCUCGCCCACCACGAUGACCUCCCCCAUCUCACCCCGCUUCACAGUCACAGAACGACAGGUCUUCCCACCCUGGCCUGAGCGGCUUAACAACAACGUGGAGGAGCUCCUGCAAUCCUCCUUGUCCCUGGGAGGCCAGGAGCAAGUCACAGAUCGCAAGCAGGACCAAGGAGUGGAGCACAAGCAGGAGCAGCCGCAAGAACAUAAGCAGGAGGAGGGGCAGGAACAAGAAGAGCAAGAGGAGGAGCAGGAGGAGGAGGGAAAGCAGGAAGAAGGACAGGGGACAGAGGAGGGCCUGUCUGCAGAGGAGGCGAUGUCUGCGGUGCAGACAGAUGCAGAGCCCAAGUUCCAAUCUGAAUCUUCUAACCCUUCCUCUUUCACUCCCCGGGUACGAGAAGUGGAGUCUACUCCCAUGAUGAUGGAGAACAUCCAGGAGCUCAUCCGAUCAGCGCAGGAAAUGGAUGAAAUGAAUGAAAUAUACGAUGAGGAACCCUACUGGAGAAAUCAAAACCCUGGCAGCCUCCUGCAGCUGCCCCACACGGAGGCCUUGCUGGUGCUGUGCUAUUCAAUUGUGGAGAACACCUGCAUCAUCACCCCCACCGCCAAGGCCUGGAAGUACAUGGAGGAGGAGAUCCUUGGUUUCGGGAAGUCGGUCUGUGACAACCUUGGGCGGCGACACACAUCUACCUGCGCCCUCUGCGACUUCUGCUCCCUGAAGCUGGAGCAGUGCCGCUCCGAGGCCAACCUGCAGCGGCAGCCGUGCGACAACUCCCACAGGACGCCUUUUGUCAGCCCCUUGCUCACCUCCCAGAGCCUGUCCAUCGGCACCCAGGUAGGGCACAUGGAAAUGGGCCGCUUUUACGGGCUGGAUUUGUACGGUGGGCUCCGCAUGGACUUCUGGUGCGCCCGGCUUGCCACGAAGGGCUGUGAAGACGAUCGGGUCUCUGGCUGGCUCCAGACCGAGUUCCUUAGCUUCCAGGACGGAGAUUUCCCCACCAAGAUUUGUGACACAGACUAUAUCCAGUACCCGAACUACUGUUCCUUCAAAAGCCAGCAGUGUCUGAUGAGGAACCGAAAUCGGAAGGUGUCCCGCAUGAGAUGUCUGCAGAACGAGACUUACAGUGUGUUGAGCUCUGGCAAAAGUGAGGACAUCGUGCUUCGCUGGAGCCAGGAGUUCAGCACCUUGACUCUAGGCCAAUUCGGAUGAGCCGGGGUCCAUUCUGUCCCCACCCCUGCCCCACAUUCUCCACGCUUUCAGAUCCUAGCUGUCAGUCUGCUCCCAGGCUGCGCCCAGAGGUCUCUGACCUGGCCCCUACUCAUGUUGUCCUUGGGUGGGGGCAACAGUCCCAUAGAGGGCCAUCCUGGGAGCCGCACCUUCUUAAAGGAUGUCUUUAUAUAAAGUGUUUAUUUU